AGCAGGAGGAGUUACACGUGUGAAGCAUUUAUUUGAAAAAAGAAAAAAACAGGACACAACUUACUUGAAAAACAGAGGGCAAGAAUGAGUGAAACUCCAAUAGAGCCUGAGCCUCAGCUAUCUGUCCAGUCACUAUCACAGCCAGAACCUGAGAGGGAGCUUCAGCCUCCGGCUCUGUUUCAGCUGCCACUGCCCACCCAAGACCCCCAGUCUCCACCUGGGCAACAGCAGCUGCAACUAUCAGAGCCAAUCGUCCAGCAACAAGCAGGGCCAGUGUGGAUAAAGCGGAGAAGGCUGUUCCUGCUCAUUUCAUUCCUCAUUCUAUUUACUGCCACUUUUGGACUGAUCUACUUCAUGCCCUGCAAUAUCCACGAUGAGAGCACUAAAAAUGCAACUCCGUGUCUCUCUCCAGCCUGUCGGAGGGCCGCGGACCGCUUGUCCUCAUCUGCUGAUCCUUUCACACAGCACUGUGAUUACUUCUUGUUCAAAUGUGGAUCACACAGAUUUUCACCAGAGAAUGGGGGGAGACAAAGAGGUCAGGGCAUACCUGGACAUCCACAAAACCAGGUGGAAAAGUCAGUCGGGUCAGAGAGACAAGAAGAAGAAAAAGAAGACAGAAGUCUGCACGAGGAUAAAAUACUGAGUCGAAAAGCUGUGUUGCUGGAGCAUCUCAGGGAAAUUUUAGAGGCCAACGACAGUUCAAAUAGUUCAGCCGUCAAGAAGACUAAAGAAUUCUACAAUUCCUGCCUGGACACAAGAUCUAUGGAAACCACAGGUGCAGAGCCCUUCCUCACACUCAUUCAGAAGCUGGGAGGUUGGGCAGUAUCAGGGCAGUGGAGUAAGGCCGAUUUCAACACCACCCUGGGUUUAUUAAUGAGAGACUACAACACUUUCCCCUUCUUCAACCUCCAUGUGGGCAAAGACCCAAAUGAAACUGCCCAUGGGAUAACUAAAAGAUACAUACAGAUUGAUCAGCCAGAUCUGAUGAUCCCAAUCAAAUGGAACACCAAGACACAGAAAUCUGAAACUAAAACUGAGACUUUACGUCCCUUCUUGGCUUUAUGUCAGAAGUACCUGGCCCUCUUGGGAUCCCCGCAGAGCAGAAGCUUGAUCCAUGUGGGCACCUUCAUCUCUUUGUCCUCUGAACUUGCUGUAGCUGCUUCACCUCUACAUUAUCGCCUGCUGAAAGGACAACUCCAUCAACGCAUGACCAUCAAAGAACUUCAGAGACAGGCCCCUGCCAUUGAUUGGUUGGGCUGCCUGCAGACAGCUUUCCAUCCGCUGUUUCUCAGCGAAGAAGAUCACGUCCUCCUACAUAACUUACCAUACAUCGUACAAAUGUCUCGCAUCAUUAAGAAGUGGCUCAACAAGCAGGAGUAUAAGACUAGCGGUCCUCUUCAUACAUAUAUGGUCCUCAAUCUGCUGGACAAGCUGAUGCCUGCCAUGGACUCAAGGUUUUCGGAGACAGCAAAGAAUUUUUCCAUAGCUGUGGGAGACGCUGGAGAGGAAACUCCUCGCUGGAAACGCUGCGUGAUUGAGAUGGAGAGAGGAUUUGACUCAGUGUUCACACAUAUUCUCAGUAAAAGAACCUCCCACGGAGAGGCAGAGAAGAUUAUUGAAAAUGUCUUUUUCUUCUUCAAGUCCACGUUGCAUGAACUCAAGCGGACAGACUUGAAGUCUUUUCAGCUUGUCGUGGAAAAGGUUUACUCUUUCAUUCCAAGACUAUGGACUACAAACAGGAUCUCUGAUGAAAAUGAGCUUGAUCUGUUUUUUUCUGAGAUUACAGUCAGCACCCACGGCUUCUUCUCCAACUAUGUCCAGCUACUGUCUCUGUGGCAAAAGAGACGCACGACACUCUUGACUGCGCAGACUGAGCCUACUGAUGUUUUCUCUGUCACACCCUCUCUUCUCGGUAAUGAGCUCCAUGUUCCAAUGGGAAUGUUCAUUCCUCCUUUUUUCCAUCCCACCUAUCCAAGAGCUAUGAAUUAUGGUUCAGUGGGGUUCCUUGUUGCCAAAGAUAUCUUCCAUCUUUUAGUGCCUGAGAUUUUCUCUCACAGUCAGGCAGUGCAAGCAGUGGGGGAAUGUGUGUGGGCUCACUACCGCAAUAUGACUGAAAAAUCAGGCAGAGGUGGAGUGUUUUCGCUCUCAAAAACACAACAGCAGGAGGUGUGGGUCCAAUACUCUGCACUGCAGGUGGCCCUACAGGCUUAUCAUAAAAGUCUAACGGGCCAUCCUGGUGACACCUCCCUUUCAGGGCUGUCUCACACUCGUCUGUUUCUCACAUCUUUUUCUCAGGUCAGCUGCGAUGUUGACCCGCACCGGGAAUCCAUGCCCUUAGAGCCGUCUUUCUUGAUUGCAGUCAUCUGUGCCAACUCUAACCUUUGCCCUACAAGCCUACAGUGUUCCCUAAAAACCCAGCAAAGCUCAGUGCAAACAUGCUGACGAAUCUUCUCAAACGACAAACCGGACUUAAAAUACCGUAGAGGUCUAUAAAACAAGUGUACAUACAUUUUUGUAUUAGCCGUAAUUGUUAUGAUUCUGCAAACUGCAUUUCUUGCACAAUUUAUUAAGUAUUCAUCUGGAUGGAAAACAAACAUUUGACUUUUUUUUCCCCCUUUUAUUUUUUUUUGUGUAUCCUUGUCUGUAGGGGAGGAAGACAUCAGUAUGCACAAAUCAAUAUUCAAGAGAAAUCUCACUGGUCUUGCAGUAAAAUUGUAACGUGUUGCAUCAUUUUACCUCAUCAGGUCUCAAACUUUCAUAUGAAUAAUAUAAAUGUAUUUGUCUUGGAACUAUUAACAAUUUAACUGCACAGUGUUCAUUUAUAUGGGGUAAAAUCACUGGUCUAGCUCAAUUGAUUUCAGCUGAAUAAUACUUUAUCAAUCCUCAAAGGGAAAUCAUAUUUUAAAAUAAUAUGUUGCCAUAUUUUAAUUCAAAUUUCUUCUUAUUAUUGUUGUUUGCUUCCUGAAAAGAGAAAA